AUGCCUGAGAUGGACUUCCACAGCCGAAAAGGCAGCACCAACCAACUUGUUGAGGAUCUCCAAAACCCUAUGGGUGAUGCAGAUUACAGUUCUUCAACCAUGUGUGAGACGCCGCCAAGCAACCUGUUCGGCAACAACGACCAAAUGGCGCCUCUCAUAGGCGUCAUUGGGACCAUCUCGCGGCAGCUAUCAGAGCUGAAGAGUCAGUCAUGGGAUCCCAGUUUCAUGCGGACCUCCCUGUUUGACAAUAACGAACAGGACUUUGGCGGAGCUGUUCGGCUGAACCCUUUGGACAAUGUCAUGCAUAUAUCCAUGAAAUUCGUCUUGGUCUUGCAGACAAUGGUUCCCGCAGAGUGCUCCAAGAUUUCCCCGCUCUGUUCUCCGCCGACUCUGUCCCUGCUUCUCAUGCUUAUAUCCACGCACCUUCAGCUUGGCCAGCUUUUCGACGCCAUCCUUACCCGUGUUAAUAUUUGUCUGCAGGACGAGGGGCUUUCAGCACACUCUAGGCGUCUCCAGAUCACUAUGAUGAUACUAUUCAUAGAACACCAUCUCAGCUCUGUGGAGCGCCUGAUGGGCUUCCCUGCUGACUUUCGACUCUGGAGCCGCAAGAGCGAAUGUACCGGUAUUUUGGACCCGGAAUCAAAUCCACUUGUAGAGGCUGUCAUGGGCCAAGCGCAGGAGAUAUUCUUGUCACUAAAACAGACUAUGGAGAGUAUACAGAUGUCUUUACGCACUUAG